AUGGCGAGGCAAGUGGAUGUGGACCUGCCGGAUAAUGGGCGCAUAACUGAUCAUCGGGUGAACAUGUUGUUGCCUGACGAGGUGUAUCUGAGUUUUCCCGAUACAGUGCUGGAGUAUCUCAACCAGCGAGCUGAGGAGGAAGCUGGUGUCGAGGGGCAUGAGGCUCGGGGCAUUCGGGGACCGGCGCAAAAUCCCCAGGGGAAUGCAGCUCCUGAGGUGCAACCUGAGUCUGGAGAGGGCGUGGUUGGGGUUGCCCAAGUUAUCGAGACGGGGACCCAUGGCCAGGAUGGCGAGGGGGAUGGAAUCCGAGUGUUGGACACAUGCGCCCGUACGGAUGGGGUCGGGUCGAAGAAAAGGACUGCCUCGCAGCUGUGUCUCGGGAGUCCCCCAGUCGGUGUCGCCAUCGAUACUCGUGGUAGCAAAAGGUCUCGAGGUUCUCGCGAUGAGGUUGCCGGGGGUCUCGCGCGCACCCUGGGCGAGAUUGGAAUUACUGAUGGCGCCAUUCUUCAUAUGGUUGCUGACCUACGGAACUGUCAUCUCGACCGCAGUCGCGUGAAUGCCGAAGAUCCGCGCUUGGGGUAUCGGGAGGCUCAGGAGAGGUUGAUGAGGGCUGUGAACAUGAAUUACCAUGCCUCUGGCGAGUUGGUAGCUCAUUUUGAUCGGGAGAUAGCCCGAUUGCAGAGGGAGCUGAAUGUCGAGAGGGAGCGGGCCCGUGAGCUGCAGAGUGUGUUAAACCAAGGCCUGGUGGAACGCGAGGAUAUGAGGCGAGCAAUUGAUGACGGGAUCAUGAGAAGGAUGGAGCUGGAGCGAUCACCCGCAGUGGAGGAGGCGCGCCGCCAAGAGGCCGAGGGUACCAUUGCCCAGUUGAGGGAGGCCAACCUGGAUCUGACCGGGAGGCUACAACGGGCGGAGGAUGGUCUGAAAGUUGUGGAUCAGGUGAGGGCUCGGGUUACCGAGGCUGAAGAGCACCUGCGAGAGUUGGAGAGGCAAGUCCGGGAUCGCGAUGCCGAGUUGGAACUUCGCGCGGCUACUCUAGAAAGUUUGGCUCCUUUUCCCAAUCGUGUGGUGGAGUUGGAAGGGCAGGUUGGUACUCUGCAAAUGGAGGUUGACCGCUUGCGAGACGUUGAGCUUGAAGUAGGCAAGAGGGAAGCAGAGAUGGAGCGGCUCAGGAAGGAGUUAGCCGAGCAACAGGCUCGAGCCAGUGACUUUGCCGAGGAGUUCAUUCGCUUGCGUGCUGCUGCCGAGACACAUCGGGACAAGCUUCACAAGGCUAGGCGGGAUGGUGCGGACAAGGCGGUGGAUCUCUAUCUCCGGUCAGACCACUUUCAGGAGAAGUUGAACAAAGCCUUCUCAGAUGGGGCCCUGCACUCGAUCUGA